GGAAGCGGAGAUCAAGAAUUCAAGAUCAGAGUUCAGAAAUCGAGAAGAGAAAUGGAAGUAGCAGUAACGGGACCGGACUUUGGGGAUUUCAACUUCGAGAGCGCUUGUUCUACACCUUACAUUAGUGCUCCUUCUACUCCCAAGCGUUUCGGGGAGUUCUACCGCAGCGCUCCCACUAGCCCUGCUCAUGCCUCCGACUUCAAUGGCUCAGGAAUCAUAGGGGGGCGGGGGUCUACUUCUGGAAUUCCAUUUGGCUGGGAAGAGAAGACCGGGAGGCUCAAAUCCAAGGCAAUCGAAGACGAUGGAGAUACUUUCUAUGACGACGAGUUCGCCUUCAAUUUCAGUGGUCAGAUGGAAAGAACCUCUCUUUCUGCCGAGGAGCUUUUCGAUGGGGGCGUAAUCCGACCGCUGACGCCCUCUACAGGUCUACAAUUCGGUGACCAGUCUUCAACUCGGAAUACCUAUGUUUCAUCGCCCAAAUCGCCCAGAUCACCCAUCUCUCAGGGGAAGAAGAUGAUCCGUGACGUGUUCUCGCCAAAGCAGAAGAAAAAUUUGGACUCAUUCUCGGCUGCAAUGGAAGAACCACGAAAAGGGUCGGAUCAAUCUCAGAAUCGAGGCAGAGAAAGAGUACCCGUUCCGAUGUCUUCCAGGUCUGGGCGUAGAGGGACUAGGUCACUCUCUCCCUAUAGAGUCCCAGAACUCGAAUUGGAAGAACAACAACAACAACAACAACAACAUCAGCAAGAGAAUACGAAGUCAGCAUCAUCAAUUUCGAAACAAUCUUCGUCUUCGUCUUCAUCUUCUUCUUCGUCAUCCGGCUCUAGAAAAUGGAGAUUAAGGGAUUUGCUAUUGUUUCGAAGCGCAUCAGAAGGUAGAGCAUCAGAGAAGGACCCAUUAAGGAAAUACACGUCUUUGCCUAAGAAACACCAGGAAUCUACCGAAGGCAUUGGCUCGCCGGCGAGGUCUAGCCCGAGGAGGAAAGGACCGGUUUCACCUCACGAGUUGCAUUACGUGGCGAACAGGGCCGUUGCAGAGGACAUGAAGAAGAAGACCUUCUUACCAUACAAGCAAAGGCUAUUGAGCGUGUCCAAGGGCUUUGGUUAUUUUACAAGAGGUUGAGCAAUUGAUAAUGGCCUUUACGGUAUCUCCAUUGUUAUGGGUUACAGAGUCCAUGGACGCCGUGCAGCUGAGCUUGGGUUAUUGACUUAGAUUUUUUUUUUUGAAAAAAAAUGUUCUUCCUUGAACUGUAGAAGCCACGAGUGAGGGAAGAACAAUCUGAAAUUGUUUCGUUCUUUUUACCUUGUAAUUUUUUUUGUUCAGGAAAAUAAAGUUAAAUUUAUACAUACAAAACCAGUUUAUUUGA